AUGAAUGAAUUGAUGUUUAUGACACUGUUACACACAUUUCUAUAUAUUCAGUCUUCAAAGUUACUAUCUGUUUCUUAUGGAAAUCUAUCCUACCAACAGUCAUCUACGCUACAGUUGGCACUGCCCCUUCUUCCUUCCACUGACUACCCCCACUAUCAGCACACUUUGGCUGACCGUGGUCAGCUUCAUGGUCAACCACUUGUUACUCAGACUGGCAGCACAGAACAUGGCAUCCCUUGCAGAGCCUGUCCAGAUGUCUUCACUAGCAUGGAAGAGUUAAACUAUCACAUGGAGUUUACCCAUCAUUAUGAGGAAGAGGAGGGUGAGACAUCAAGUUUUGGAGGAAAGCAAGGCACUUCAGAAUUGUUGGGCAAGUUUGCUGCCUAUGAAUGCUCCUAUUGCUCUAUAAUUGUCACAGAUUAUCCAAGCCUCAGCCUUCAUAGUAAAACUUGCCCAUCUCCCUCCUGUAGCAUGAUUUGCUUGACUUGUGGGGACAAAUUUCCCAGUAAACCUGAGAUGAGGGUACACUUAAAGUUUAUACACAGCCAUAAAACUUUUGGUUGCAAGUUUUGUGACAUGAUGUUCUCAAGUAGCUCAGGCUUGCUUAGUCACACUAAAGCUAAACAUAAGCCAGACCCGAAAACACUUUGCCAGAUUUGUGGACAAGCAUUUCAUAAUCGUGCCAAUCUAGAAGGUCAUAUGAACAUGCACAUGGGACUUAAGCCAUUUAAAUGUAAAAAAUGUGACAAAUGCUAUGGUCAUUCAAAAUCGUUGAUGACUCAUGAAAAAAACUGCAGUAAGUCACUCAGUGCAGUAGGCAAAGGGAGGUCACAAUGGAGUCGCCUGUCUUCAUCUAGGGAUAACAGUUUCUUACAUAGAGGAGAACAUUGCAUGCAGCAACCAAGUCUAGCGAACAAAAGAUCCUGCGAGCUUGAUAUACCAUCAUCUAGCCAGCCAUUUUCUUUUCCUGAUCAAUAUCAUUCAACAUUUGAUGGUGACAAAAAACUAGAGAACAACUCCAGCAUACAAGCAUCCCAGAGUUCCAGUGACUCCUACACUUAUAAUGACCCUUCCUAUCAGUCUCUUCACUCCUUAAACAUGGAAAGUAUCAGCACCGCAAGUGUGUUAAAUGACAGUGUAUUUGAUCAAGCUUCUUCGGAUUUUGUCCUCCCUCAGGUGCCUUUUGAUGUCAUGUAUCCACAUGGACUAUUACCAGAGGACAGAUAG